ACAACUUUCUUCCACAAAGGAACAAGAAAAGUAAAGGGGAAAAAUUAAGACAAACAAAAAAAAAAUGAAUUCAAAUUCUUUAAAGGUUUUAUGGUUUAUUUUGCCAUUAUUUUUGGUUGCUGCUUUUGUUGUUACCAAUAAUCCACAAGGUUCAAAAUUUUGGCUAUCAAUUUCUCAUCAUCAUUAUUUAGAGACUCUUAAUCAUGGUUCUUCAACAAAGGAAACUAAUGAGAAGGAUGAGGUCCCUAUUAUUAAUGUGAAUAAGAACACAACAACACCAAAAAGAUUUAGCAAAAUAGAUAAAUUGGAAGCAGGACUUGCAAGAUCUAGAGCUGCAAUAUUAUUAUCAAGACAAAACAAAAGCAAUCAUAUAGAAGAAGAAGAAUAUAUCCCACAUGGUCCUAUGUACUUGAAUGCUACUUCCUUCCACAGGAGCUAUUUGGAAAUGGAGAAAAAAUUCAAGGUAUAUGUGUACAAAGAAGGGGAUCCCCCAUUAUAUCAUUUUGGUCCAUGCAAACAUACAUAUGCUAUUGAAGGUUAUUUUAUUCAAGCAAUGGAAGUAAGCAAAUUCAGAACAGAAAAUCCAAACAAAGCUCAUGUAUACUUCUUGCCAUUAAGUAUUACAAUGUUAAUUGAAUUCAUAUAUGUGGCUGAAUCACAUGAAUGGGGUCUCAUGAAGAAUACAACAAUGGAUUAUAUUAAUAUCAUUUCUCAAAAGUAUCCUUAUUGGAAUACAAGUCUUGGUGCUGAUCAUUUCAUGCUUGCUUGUCAUGAUUGGGGCCCUGAAAUUUCCUUUGCUAUACCACAUUUAUACAAAAACUCAAUUAGAGCUUUAUGCAAUGCCAAUACCUCAGAAAAAUUCAAUCCAACAAAAGAUGUUUCAAUCCCAGAAAUCCAUCUCCCUCUAGGCACAACCAAAGGCCUACUAGGCGGUCCACCGCCCUCCGAUCGCCGCGUUCUCGUGUUCUUUGCCGGAGGUGUUCAUGGUCCAAUUAGGCCAAUUUUGUUACAACAUUGGGAAAAUAGUAAAGAUGAAGAUGUUCAGAUUCACAAGUACUUACCAAAAGGUGUUUCCUAUUAUGACAUGAUAAGAAAGAGUAAAUAUUGUAUAUGUCCAAGUGGAUAUGAAGUUGCAAGUCCAAGAAUGGUUGAGGGACUUUACAUGGGAUGUGUACCUGUCUUAAUUAAGGAUAAUUAUGUGACACCUUUUAGUGAUGUACUUGAUUGGGACACAUUUGUUGUUACAAUUCAUGUUAAGGAUAUUCCUAAUCUUAAGAAAAUUCUUAUGGAUAUUCCUCAACAUAAGUAUUUGGAGAUGCAAAAGAGGGGAAUUCAAAUGAGGAGGCAUUUUGAGAUUAAUUCACCUCCUAAAAGAUAUGAUGUGUUUCAUAUGAUUCUUCAUUCGAUUUGGCUUCGAAGACUUAAUUUUCGAGUUCACGAUGUUGAAGAUUCUUGAAUUUUAAAAAAUUAUUUGUGAGAGAGGAAAUUAUUGAUUUUAAAGUACAAAUGUAAUUCUUUUUUGGAGUGUUGUGUUUUUACGAUUCUUGAUUUUGCUAUAUUGUUAUACUUCAUACUUGUGCACCAUUAUGAACUAAAUAAGAACUACUAUGCUUUUAUAUUUGAUUGGA